UAAUAAAACGUUCUAAUUUCUGCUCAUAAUUUCUGUCUGCAAACUGCAAUGGAGGCUCAAGCCAUCUUCUCCGGCUUUAAUUUAUCCCUGUACAGAAUCCGAACCCGGAUGCGAUCCAGAUUAGACCCGGCUCUUCACCUCUCUCCCGUACACUAUCCCACUUCUUCGAUUUUAACCCCUCCACUUCCCCAUUUCCGCCGUUACAUCACCUCCUGCUCCGCCCACAACCACCGCCACGACCACCACGACCACGGCCACCAUAAACACCAGCAUAGUGAGCAUCGUCAUGAUCAUAACCACCACCACCACCACCAUCAUCACCAUCACCAUGGUGCUGGUGAGUGUAAUGCGCAGCUAACAAAACCGCAGGAGGUUCUUCUGAACUUUGCGGACAUGAUCAGAUGGAGCCAACUGGCCAAUUUUUUGCGGGAGAAUUUGGAGCUCUGUUGUUGCUCCGCGGCUUUGUUUGUUGCUGCUGCGGCUUGCCCUUACGUGCUCCCUAAACCGGCGGUGAAGCCUCUCCAGCGUGCCUUCGCAGCCAUUGCUUUCCCUCUCGUUGGGAUUUCAGCUUCACUUGAUGCCCUUACUGAUAUUGCUGGUGGAACGAUUAAUAUCCAUGUGCUAAUGGCUCUUGCAGCCUUUGCUUCAGUUUUCAUGGGAAAUCCAUUGGAAGGUGGCUUGCUUUUGGCAAUGUUUAAUUUGUCUCAUAUAGCUGAGGAGUACUUCACAAGUCGCUCCAAAGUUGACGUAAACGAAUUAAAAGAAAAUCAUCCAGAAUUUGCUCUUUUGCUUGAUGUAAAUAAUGGAAGCCUACCUAGUUUCUCCAACUUGACAUAUCACGAGGUCCCUGUUAGUGACUUGAAAGUUGGUUCGUCUAUAUUGGUCAAAGCUGGUGAGUCUGUGCCCGUGGAUUGUGAAGUUUUAAAAGGUAGCUCAACAAUCACAGUUGAGCAUUUGACUGGAGAGGUUAAACCUUUAGAGAAGAAUGUUGGGGAUAGCAUUCCUGGGGGUGCAAGGAACCUGGAUGGUAUGUUGAUAGUGAAGGUCAAGAAGACAUGGAAAGAGUCAACACUGAGCCGGAUUGUGCAGUUGACUGAAGAAGCUCAGCUAAGUAAACCAAAGCUUCAAAGAUGGUUGGAUAAAUUUGGGGAGCAGUAUAGCAAGGUUGUGGUACUUCUGUCCAUUUCAGUUGCUGUGAUUGGACCUUUUCUUUUCAGGUGGCCCUUCUUUAGUACCUCAGCUUGCAGAGGAUCAAUUUAUAGAGCACUGGGACUCAUGGUAGCUGCAUCACCGUGUGCAUUAGCUGUGGCUCCAUUGGCGUAUGUGACAGCUAUCAGUGCUUGUGCUAGAAAGGGAAUAUUACUUAAAGGUGGGCAAGUUCUUGAUGCUCUAGCUUCUUGCCACAGUAUUGCAUUUGAUAAAACCGGUACUUUGACAACUGGGGAUUUUAUGUGCAAAGCAAUUGAACCAAUCCAUGGCCACAUGAGCAGUCAGGAGAGACAAUUUGCUUGUUGUUGUAAACCCACUUGUGAGACAGAAGCCCUUGCAGUUGCCGCUGCUAUGGAGAAGGGUACUACUCACCCAAUUGGAAGAGCUGUUAUAGAUCAUAGUGCAGGCAAAGAUCUCCCUUCACUUGCUGUUGAAAGUUUCGAAAAUCUGCCCGGGAGAGGUGUCUUUGCAACGUUAUCUAGCAUGGAGGCAGGAACAGGAGGCAGCAAACCAUUUAAAGCCUCACUUGGUUCUGUUGAAUAUAUUGCUUCACUUUAUCAGUCUGAAGAUGAAUCAACAAAGAUUAAGGAGGCUGUAAGGACUUCUACAUAUGGAGGAGAUUUUGUUCGUGCUGCACUUUCUGUUAACAAUAACAAGGUGACUCUUUUUCACUUUGAAGAUAAACCUCGACCUGGGGUUUCUGAUGUCAUACACACAUUACGUGAACAAGGAAAACUUCAUGUAAUGAUGUUAACUGGUGACCAUGAAGCAAGUGCAUGGAGAGUUGCAAAGGCUGUGGGCAUCAAAGAAGUUCACUGCAGCCUUAAACCGGAAGAUAAGCUAUAUCAUGUGACAAGCAUUUCCAGAGAUAAAGGUGGGCUUAUAAUGGUAGGUGAUGGCAUCAAUGAUGCCCCUGCUCUUGCUGCUGCAACUGUAGGCAUUGUACUAGCUGAACGUGCCAGUGCAUCUGCUAUAGCUGUUGCAGAUGUGCUAUUGUUGCAAGACAAUAUUUCAGGAGUUCCAUUCUGUGUGGCCAAAUCACGGCAAACAACAUCCCUGAUUAAACAAAAUGUGGCUCUUGCCCUGUCUAGCAUUGCCUUCGCCUCUCUUACAUCAGUGUUGGGAUUUCUCCCCCUGUGGUUAACGGUGCUUUUACACGAAGGUGGAACACUUGUUGUAUGUUUGAAUUCCAUCCGCGCCCUUAACGAUCCUAUGUGGUCCUGGAAAGACGAUAUCUCGCAAUUGAUUAACAGGUUGAGACAUGUAAUUAUGCUCUUCAGAAGGCGGCAUGAGAUCAUCCAAGGUACCAUUCAAACUACUCCGUGAUUUCCAUCUCGUUGAUCAACAACUCACAGAUGCUCAGGAUAGGUGUGUGAAAUAUGAAGAGUUAAAGCUCUUGGGUAUAUGUAUGCUGAAUUAACUGGUUAGCAGCCAACUUUGGAGUACAAUUCUCAUUCCUAUUCCUAUGAAAGGUAUUCCAGGAUCAGAAACAGGAAGGAAACAAUGAAUGAGUACUGUAAAUGAACGGUGAUAAAUGCAUUUGUUAUUAUUUUAUUAUUGGGAAAACAAUUAUUUUAAUCUCUUAGUUAUUUUUAUAGUAGUUAAAUUAGUCCCUCAGUUGUACUGUUGUAGCGGUGAAUAAAUGUAGGUAUACUGGUUUUUCAUUUUUAUAGGAACCGGUCCCUCAUUCUUGAAUGGUUUAUCUACUAACGUUUGAAUAAAUUUGGUGAUUUAAAUAAAUUUGGUGUGA